GCCCUCUAAAAAUGAUUUUCAGCCCAUAGCAAAUUAAUAUUUUUUUCAAAGCCCAGGACUCCCUGCGUAAAUCUUCCACCGACUUGCGACCUGUGACCUGCUUAGUGCCGCCGCUUGCCGGCUGUGAGCUGCAACUUCCUGCGAGGUUUGCGACCUGCUCGUGACGAUGCGACAUGUUUAGAUAGUCAGAGUUGCUGCCUGCGGAUAGCUGGCUGACGCUUUGUUAAUAGUUAUCUCAAAUUGACAAAUUCCCAAAUCCCAAUUGCAGCCAUUCGCCUGGAAGCCGAAUAUAAGAGCUCCCUGACAUACGCCGUUCGAUGUCAGAUUCAUCUGCCUAACCAUUCAAACCUCGAUUCUAGCUCAGAGAAGGUUGCCGAAAUGCGGAGGUAUUCUGGCCUACCUUUGUUGGCAAAACGGCCGUUCAGCACAUCUUCUGGCGGUGAUAAAGUUGUAGCAUCUGUCCUCUUUGAGAGGCUUCCAGUUGUGGUUCCCAAGAUCGAUCCCAUUGUUUAUGCUUUUCAAGAGUUUUCGUUCCGAUGGAGGCAACAAUAUAGAAGAGAGUAUCCUGAGAAAUUAUUGAAAAGGGCCGAGUCCAGAGGAAAAGGCGAAUACAAUAUUGAUUAUACACCAGCUCCUCGGAUCACUGAGGCUGAUAAAAGUAAUGACAAAAAGUCGUUGAACAGAGCACUUGACAGAAGGCUCUAUCUUCUCCUGCACGGGAAGACGCUUUCUGGUGGGAAGCCUGUUUGGCAUUUCCCAGAAAAAGCAUAUGAAUCAGAAGAGACUCUCCGCAGGUGUGCGGAGUCAGCAUUAAAAUCUGUGAUUGGAGACCUUUCUCACACUUAUUUUGUCGGCAAUGCUCCAAUGGGACAUAUGGUUACACAGCUUGGUGAGAAUGAUAAUGAGCCAGUACAACCAUGUCUAAAGCGCUACUUCUUCAAAUCACAAGUGAUUGCAGCUAACAAGCUUGAUGUUCAUAAGUGUGAUGAUUAUGUUUGGGUGACAAAGGAUGAGUUGUUAGAGUACUUUCCGGAACAAGUGGAGUUUCUGAACAAGAUGAUCAUCAGCUGAUGUUUGGCGGAAGAGAACAGUUGAGAUUGUGCUUUAAAUGUUGGUGGCUUUUAUGGAUGUUGCCGAACAUGGAUUAGCCGUAACAACCUUCUUGUCUUUCUAUUGAUCCUUGACGAGGUGGAUUUGUUUUCAGUUAUUGGGUAGUGGUUGAUUUGUUGGUACCCUAACCAAAUCAAACAAACCGAGCAAGUCCUCACUCAGAAGUAAGGCUUUUGGGAGGUUGAUUUUUAUGUUACUCAAAUUGAUUUUGAAGGCUAUUUGGAUAGCGAUUGUUUACCUCAUUUCAUUUUUUCCUCAUUAGCAGCAGCUAUAAUAAGCCUAUAAAGGUGUCAUAAAUGCAAUUCGUG